AUAGCAAGCUAUGAGGAAGGAGUAACCAGCACCGGGGUUUAACGUUGUGUUGUAUCUGAGGAGAUUUUUUUUUUUUAUUAAAACGCAGCUUGCUUAUACCGGGUAAUUUUCUUCUCAUGAAUAUUUAGAAUCUGUUAGAAAGAAGGGUUUUGCUACAUUUUAAAAUUUCUUUUCGCUUACCUGGAAACGAAAUGUGUGCAGACUGAAGGUACUUACGGCAGUGGCUGGAGACUCAGGCUCCGUAUUGACAUGCACAGGUCUGACACCUUCAGCAGUGAGCUGGGCUUCCUGCCGUCACUGUACCCCAUCCCUGGGCUGGCCCACACCUCAGACAUGAGGGUGACUAGGGGGGCCUCUGACCACAAGCACCUUACGGGGGUGUCAGUCCAAAGCUCGAGCUGGGAGAAAAGAUGUCUGAGAAAGCACAAGAGGAGAAAUGUUGAUGAUGGUUGUAGUCCCAAAAGGAGGAAGUUGACAGGCCAAGCGCCAUACUUGCCUUGGGGAAAUACCAGCACUGAGCUUGUUCAAGUAAUGCCUGCAAGCCCUCUGCCUGAACCCGCCCCGCAGUAUCUGGCCUCCCCAUCUGCACUUCCCUGCACAGAGGCUGAGGGUUCCUGCAUGGAGGUAGAGGCAGCCCAGAGGCGCCUGCAGGAGAUUGAAGACCGGAUAACCCUGGAGGAUGAUGAGGAUGAGGAAGACCUGGAUGUGGAUCAAACACAGAACCGACCAGUGCUAGUGAUGUCAGACAGCCUGAAGGAGGGUCUGCAGCAGGGCCUGGGUGAUAUCCUCCCCCACACCGUGGCACAGUCAGUAAGCCGUUCCUGCAUGGAGUUGGUGUUAUGGCGGCCCCCAGAGGAGACACUGCCGCGUAGGCUGAAGGAAUCCCUGCAUAGGCAGAGGAAGCAGGCGGCGUGCCGGCACACCCCCACCCCCAUCCCCGUGCCCCCAAACCUAGAUGCCACACUAUGUGAACAAGAGCCCUCCGCCAUGUUGUUCUGUAACCCCCAGGCUCAGGGCCCUGCUGAAGAAGACAUGGAGCUGUAGAGGCCUGGGGGUGUUAUUACCUCUAUCCCCUCUCAGACCGAGCAUGGGGGCCAGCCUGGGUUUUUCAUACAGACCUGAUGCUCAGUUAAUUGCACUGUUUUGGGCCAAAUAGAUUCCCGGCGAGCCGGUCACCAUGGAGUAUCUGCUCAGCUGUUUCUGCUUCGCCUUUGUGGAAACUCCAUCCGUUUGGGCCUCCUUCAGCGUGGCAUUAUGGGGUGCAGCAGACCUGAGGGACCACGCCAUUGAACCCGAUAACUGCACCCUUGCACCCGUUGUUGAAAGACAAAUUCUCUUCGAUCUGGUUUUUAAUCCAUAUCGCGUACGCUUUCUGUAAUCUCUUCAGCGACUCUGCUGUAAGUACGUUUUCACAUGCCUUUGCUUACUUCAUGCCUGGGUAAAAUGCUAUUGUGUUGGAGAGAAUAGUUGGAGCUUCUGUUUAGUAUUAAUGAGGAUUUUGUAAGUUGGUUUUACCGCAUUCAAGGUAAGAUGUGUCAUUUGGUUUGCAUUCUGCAGCUUUUAAAGAUGCCCUUUUCCAUUCAGCAAUUAGAUUGGUUAGGCUUAAAUGUUUAAAAGAAUGUUUCUAUGGCAUCUAUUCGUAGGCUAAUUUCAGUUUGUUACUGCUAUUGGGGUAAAGCAAAGAGGUGAAGCUUACUGGAAGCUAUUUGCAUUGGGUUAGUAGGUCAGAGUCUUGCACUACAAUGCAGAAAAUGGAUGGAUGGUAUUUUCUGUGGUAAUGAGCUGUAUGCCUGCCUUGCAUCUGCUUUUGUACCCUGACAAUGCUACAGUUUAUUUGUCUUUGGUUUCGAAAAUAAAGGACAGUGGUCAUUUCCCGCUGUCAUAACAGCA